AUGAAAUGGUUGUUCAACUUUCAUGAAGGAGCAAUCGCUGCUUAUAGUAACGUGUUUGAAAGUUUGGUAGAGGAGGGGAAGAUAUCGUCAGAAGGAAUGGAUGUGGAUCAUGGUGAUGAGGGAUCUCACUCAGAUGAUUACCCUCAUGCCAAUAAUGAAAUAGCUUAUAAUGCUGAUGGUUUGCAAGACAUGUAUGAUGCCUUUAACACAAAGAACAAAACAAAACUUCGCGCGUAA